GCUAAAUCUCAGUUUGUGAGUGUGGUGCACGCCACGACAUCAGUUGCAGUCUGUCCCCGGACAGAAUGAGGUGGCAUUGAACCUGACUGUCCGCCAGCCUGGGAGAGGGCCACGAUGAGCGGAAAGAGCCUGCUGCUAAAGGUGAUCCUGCUGGGCGACGGCGGGGUGGGGAAGAGCUCCCUAAUGAACCGGUACGUGACGGACCGCUUCGACUCGCAGUCCUUCCAUACGAUCGGCGUCGAGUUCCUCAACCGCGACCUUGAGGUGGACGGCCGCCUCGUCACCUUGCAGAUCUGGGACACGGCUGGACAGGAGCGCUUCAAGAGCCUGCGCACGCCCUUCUACCGGGGCGCCGACUGCUGCCUGCUUACCUUCGCCGUUGACGACCUGCAGAGCUUCCACAACUUGGGCUCUUGGAAGAAGGAGUUCAUGUACUACUCAGACGUGAGGGACCCCGACCGCUUCCCCUUCGUGGUGCUUGGCAACAAGGUGGACAAGGGUCCUGAGCGUGAGGUGGGCGAGGAUGAGGCGCGGGCCUGGUGCCAGGAGAACGGGGACUGCCCCUACUUCGAAACCAGCGCUAAGGAUGAUACCAACGUGGGGGCGGCCUUUGAGGCCGCUGUGCGGGAGGUGCUGGCGGGGGAGGACCAGCUGGACCACGCACUACUGAGCAGCGCCAUCGAUCUCCAUGGCAACCGCAAGGCUCCCCGCUCCACAUGCUGCUGAGCCCUAAACCCCUCCUUUCCUGUGCCCCUCUGGCCCCACCCCACCACCCCUCUGCCCCUGCUUUCUGCCUCACACAUCCUUGCGGGUUAAUGUCACCCAGAGGUGUGUUCCAGAAGCACAGGUACUCCUGUAACGGGGCCAGUUGUAAAGGUCUCAAGCGAUUGUGUACCGGUACCAUGUACUAAUUUUUCUUGUAUCGACAGUGUGGCACCACGUGCAUCUCCGCCCCUCUGCUGUACUUGCUGAGCUCUCUGCCUGUGGAGUUUGGGUUAGUUCAAACGCAGCUUUUUUCCCCCUUUCCAGUCCCAGGGCCACACAGUCUUCCUCUGUGUGACUGUGCCCUUCUGCACCUCAUUUUUACAAGAGCACACGCAGUCUGUCCAUGGCACAACAGAUGACUCAUACUUGGAUAGGUUUGCCUUGGAAACAAGCAGGCUCUAGAGUUUCACAAGGACUCUGAUGAAGGCAUCAGCUCGACGCAUUGCCCGCCCAUGGGAUCUGGGUUUGCUGGGAGGAGAGAAAUGUAGAAAUGAUGCACUGUAAUGGGUUAGGGGUUGAGAAGGUUCAGAGGCAGCGCUUGAGGAACACGCGGUGAAUGUGAACUCAAGUCUUUUGGAGUCAAGCUUUAUCUUUGAAGCUUUUUGCUCAUUUCUUUUCCCUGUCUUCUUUAAACAAAAACUAACGAACAAUAAUGGUACGUGUUUUGCAGUACCAUGAUAAU